UUUUAAUGGCAGAAGGGUGGCCCAGGAGCAGCAGGUUAUGGCUUUGCUUUUAAGACUUUUUUGUGCCUGUGUGAGUGUGUAACAGUGCAAGAGAGAGAGCUCGGCGCUCUGUGGGAAAGGCAUCACCAUCUCUAGCUGAACUCUGCUGCCGAGCCCUGCUUUCUGCUCUGGGAUAUGGUUGGAAAAGGACGGUGAGAUCCAGCCGGAGAGAGGGACAUCGGAGAGGAGGAAAAUCCAGCUGAAGUCACCAGUUUUGCAGACCCUGGCUUUGGGGGAGACCAGGAGAGAGCAUGCUUUUUCUCUUUAUCUGGAUAUUUACGCUGCCCGAGACUCUUUCACAAGCUUUCCAACCACGUUUCAUCCAGGAGCCAACUGACCAGACGGUGGUCGCCGGACAGAAGGUGGUGCUCACGUGCGUGGUGCUCAAUUACUCCGGCAUCGUACAGUGGACCAAAGAUGGGCUGGCCCUGGGCCUGGGGCAGAACCUGAGAAUCUGGCCUCGCUAUCAGAUUGUUGGAAAUGUGGAGUCUGGGCAGUACAACCUGGAGAUAUCCAACGCCAGCAUUGUGGACGAUGCCAAUUUUGAGUGUCAGGCCACGGAAGCCGCCCUUCGAUCGCAAAAAGCCAAGCUAACCGUGCUAAUUCCUCCCGAAGAUCCAGUGAUAGAAGGAGGCCCGGAAAUCCUGCUCAGGGCUGGCACACCGACCAACCUGACAUGUCGCGCUAACAGUGCCAAGCCCCCAGCAUCGAUUGUUUGGUUUCGAGACGGCAACCAGCAGGCCGGAGAUGUCUACAGUACAGAGGUACUCGCUGAUGGGAAAAGGGCAACCACAGUAAGCUAUCUGUUGAUCAGCCCGACGGAUCAAGACAUUGGCCGGGUGUUCACGUGCAGGACAUCCAAUGAAGCCAUCCCAUCUGGAAAGGAGACCUCUGUCAAACUGAAUGUCCACCAUCCGCCGACUGUAACACUGUCCAUUCAUCCCCAAACCGUACAGGAGGGGGAGCGGGUGCGAUUUACCUGCAGCGCCACUGCCAACCCAGAGAUUAAAGGCUACAGGUGGGCCAAGGGUGGCAUGAUCAUCGAGUCGGCAAGGGACAGCAGUUACGAGACACAAGUGGAUUACUCCUUCUUCACGGAACCAGUUUCAUGCGAGGUGCACAAUGAAGUGGGCAGCACAAACGUCAGUACGCUGGUGGACGUGCAGUUCGCACCACGCGUCGUGGUGGAGCCAAAGCCUACAACCACAGACAUGGGAUCGGACGUAACCUUGACUUGUAUUUGGGCUGGUAACCCUCCACUUACUUUGACUUGGACGAAGAAGGGAUCAAACAUGGUACUAAGUAAUGGCAACCAGCUGUUCCUAAAGUCGGUAAAACAAGAAGAUGCUGGGCCCUACGUGUGCAAAGCUAUUGUCCCACGUAUCGGGGUCGGAGAGAGAGAAGUCACACUGUUUGUGAAUGGUCCUCCCAUAAUUGCCAGCGAAGAGGUGCAAUACGCCGCCCGUGGAGACAAAGGCAAAGUGGAAUGUUUUAUCGGAAGCACCCCGCCCCCAGACCGUAUUGCCUGGGCCUGGAAAGAAAAUGUGUUAGAGACUGGAACCCUCGAGCGGUACACAGUGGAACGGACCACAUCAACCAGUGGUGUCCUGUCCACACUCACCAUAAACAAUGUCAUGGAAAGUGAUUUCCAGACCCGCUAUAACUGCACGGCGUGGAACAGCUUUGGCCCGGGGACGGCAAUCAUUCAGCUUUUGGAGAGAGAGGUGGUCCCGGUGGGAAUCAUAGCUGGAGCGACUAUUGGUGCAGGGAUACUAGUCAUUAUCUUCUUUGGCUUCUUCAUCUUCUUUCUCUAUAGACGUCGUAAAGGGAGUCGUAAGGACGUCACUUUGAGAAAGCUUGAUAUCAAAGUGGAGACGGUGAACCGGGAGCCACUGACCUUACACUCUGACAGGGAGGAGGACACCUCCAGUGUUUCCACAGCAACACGCGUCAUGAAGGCAAUCUAUUCAUCCUUUAAAGAUGACGUUGACCUGAAGCAGGACCUUCGCUGUGACACCAUCGACAGAGAAGAGUAUGAGUUGAAGGAUCCGACCAAUGGUUACUACAAUGUUCGAGCCCACGAUGACAGGCCAAAUUCAAGGACGGUGCUGUACCAAGAUUACCGUACUACAGGCGCAACGAGAUUUGAUGGACGGCCAUCUUCCCGCCUCUCUCAUUCCAGUGGUUACGCCCAACUCAACUCUUUCAGUCGGGCCCCUGCUUCAGACUAUAGUACAGACCCAACUACUACAGUAACUCCUGCCACAACAGAUACUACCAGUCAACUGUCAUAUGAUAACUAUGAAAAGUUUGGGACGCAUGGGUUCCCCUCUAGCUCUGGGUAUCCCACAUUCCGCCUUGGCUAUACACAGCCAACCACCACAGGUAUGGAUCGGGGACCAUAUGAUACUUAUGACCCAGUAGGGAAGUACACAGGUGCCACACGCUUUUCAUACACUUCCCAACAUUCCGAUUAUGGACAAAGAUUUCAACAGCGAAUGCAGACACAUGUCUGAGGAUGGACUAAAAUGCUGGUGGGCAUAAAGGGGAAUAGCAGAGAGGAGAACAUUGCUUACAAGUGAGUCCUCUCUGGAAUGUCACCAUAAGACAGGAGGGGACUCCAGGAAGAGCAGUGCCCUCUCACAAUGUCACCUGAUACUCAGGGACCCUUAUGUCUUGACCUCAGAAGUCCCCUAAAACCAGCCGAAGUAGCCCAACCAGGCAGAGCCUUGUGGCUUUGACAUGGAAGAAGAUGCCAAACAAAAGGCUGGCCUUUUAGCACCUGAUCAUUCCUUCAAUACCACUGAUUUUGCCAUCUGGAGCAUGGCAACUGGUAUGACUAAGAGCCAACUAGGUACUGGUGAAGCUUUUGACUCCAUCACCACUUUUGAAUAAGUCCCUGCAGACACUCCUUCCUUGGGCACAUUCCUGCUUUUUAACACUCUCAUCAAUUGCCACAAUGGUUGCGCUUUUAUUUUGACACCAAGCCGUUAUUGUUGUUUUAGUUUCUUGUUUGUUUGUCUGAUAAUCAACCACACACACAUUCCAGCUGCUGGAAGGGAUGGAAAGUAGAGGGGAUAUAUCUCAAUGUAACAUGCAUGCCAUGUAUGGUUUUGGUCACUCUUUUGCUGUAGAGUAGACUUCACAAAACUCGGAAGCUAUUCUGAGUAUUGCCUGCUUAAAAAACAACUCUAAGGAGUUGGACGUUCAUCAAAGUCGGACAUUUAAGUUGCUUAAUUAGUGACCCCUUUUCCACUCAUGCUUGAUCCUUUUUUCUACUGGUGCAAGUUGCAUAAGAUGGUAUUCCAUACACUUCAGCAACUACACAGAUGUUAGGUCCUAUAACUAGUCUUAUGGUCUAUGCUCUAAGACACAAGCGAUACACAGCAGAGCAGGGCAUAUCCAAAUGAUAUAAAAAUUACAAACUCUAUUUUACAUAUCAAAAAACCCAACGCGUUUCGACCCCCAUUCAAAAGGAGGGAGGGUUUUCGUCAGGGGCACAUAUAAAAAGCAGGCAGAAAAUAUAUGUUUAUAUUAAAAAAAAUAAUUUUAUAUUUGCCCCUGACGAAGACCCCCCUCCUUUUGAAUGGGGAUCGAAACGCGUUGGGUUUUUUGAUAUCUAAAAUAAAGUUUGUGUCUUAUGUUUUGGAUUUUUGGGGGGGAUCUCACAGGGGACCCCUGUAGUGAGUACCCACUAUACUGAAUUGAUUUUGCAGGUGUGCAGCACUACAUAUUAGAAUUUUUAACAAGCGAUACACGGGACUUGGCUAUAAAUUGCAAUCACGCCUAACAACACUUGUUGGAAGUCAGUCCUAUAGCAGUUUUUAUGGUAGAUAUGUACAUAAUAACAUGGAAUUCUCAAUCCAAAUAAUUAUCUUUUAACCUUUUACUCCGAGUAUUUUGCACAAUGGGGCUUUAAAUAGAAAUUGGGAACUACGCGUUUCGCAGUUUGAAGUUUAAAAAAACAGAUACUCUAAGAGAAAUAGGUUUGUUGUAAAUGAAGACUACGUACCUUCAGUACCGUAUGGCUAAAAGGCCUAAUGUGCUGCUAGAUUUUACAACCACUGGUUAAGCACCCAAGGAAUAAACCCAAAAUCAAGAAUGGUCCUUAAUACCCAUGGGUAUUUUAAAUUAUUUCAGAUAUCUUCUUAUCUGCACUAAUUUCUCCUACACUGCAAGAAAACCAGUACAAAAAGAUUGGUCAGGGCCUUAAAAACAUUGGUCAUUAUCGUUACAUAGAUUCUUAUCUAUCUCACUUAUAUUUUGGGUAACAGCACCAGUAAAGUACGGACGUCCGUGUGUAACAAUAUCACUACCUAAGCUUAUUCACACAUAUGUGCUUAACAUCGCAAACUCUGGUCUUUGAUUAAUGAAAUCAUGAAGCAAAGCCUUAAAUACAGGCUUUUGCAUAAAGUGAUUGGAGGAAAAAUGAGAGCAUAAUCUCUGCAUAAUUUCUCUAAAUGUAAAAUAUUUAUAUAUAUAUAUUUUUUUUUUUUCAUCUCAGUGGCAGCAUAUUAGGAGAAUUUAGUCAAACCUGAAAUGGAAUAAUAGCAAUGAAAACCGAGGCAAGCUACGAAAGCAUACAUAUAGCCUAUAUAUAGAAUUUUUUCAGAUGUAUGUUGAUGUAGAAUGUGAAGGUACCUUCCCAUAGCAAUAGUCCAACCUGACGGUAGAACACCUAAUGCAUAGGGGCCGAUUCCGAGUUCGAAUCGUGAAUGGGAAAAAUUCGGAUUGGAUACGAUCAUUUCUGAAGAUCGCAAAUAUCACGAAAAAAUCGUAUUAGUCACAAUAAUAUCAUAUUGGCGAUCCGAAAUUUUCAUACCGAACGAUUGUAAACAGUGAGAAAACCUUUCCGACUUUGAUCCUUCUGUGCAUGAUUGUGGAAGCCUCCCAUAGGACUCUGCAGCUCCAACCCGGCCCAAGGAAAGUCACGAUAACGAAGCUUGAAUGAAUCGGAAACUUUCGUACUCAGCGCGACAAUAUGACUUUGUCGCACAAAUUUUUGUUGCAAGUACAAAAAGUCGCGCAACGUAUGGAAAAUACACUUGGAGCGUUAGAACGAACGCCCCAUAGUGUUUGGAGCCAAGAUGGCCCUUACAAAAUUUCUCCAAUUAUUAGAGACAGUGCCAAUUUGUUCUGUUUCCGUUGGGUUUAAUUUAGUUCUUUUGUAAAUUUCCGCCUUCUGUGAACUGGGAGGGUUGAUGCAGUUCAAUGACUUGCUAGUCAUUCAGCGGGGUGCAAAGCAACCCACCAAAAAAUGUUAUU